GCGCAUGUCUUGUAUCUCCUCCUCGCAGAGCUUCUGACAGCUUCCUAAGCACCGGUGUGUCACUGAAAUGUGGAUGUAAUAACAUGGGUUUGCAGCCUCAUUGUAUCCAUACUGCAUGACCCAGGGAUGUCUCGUCCUUCUCCGUCCCCCAUUUACACCCUAAGGGGGGCUGGUGGGGCCCUCAACACCCUCCACUUUAGCUGCCAUGGAGAGGACACUCCCCUCCUGUUUUCUGGGACAGCGAAGGGUGCCGUUCAUAUGUGGAACCUGAACACCAGGAGGGCUCAGAAGGUCGUAGAAGGCCAUUCUGGUAGCUCGGUCGUCUGGGUCAGCACACUGCAGGAGAAAGACACACUGAUCAGUCAGGGACGGGACAUGCAGGUGUGUCUCUGGGAUCUGAGUGAAGGUCGUAGUGAGGUGACAGACUCUGUGUGGACCGGCAGUGUUGGAUUCUGUCAGUGCUCAAUGCUGGAGAUGAGUCCAGGGACGUCUCUGCUGGCCUUUGCUGGACAGCAGGCAGAAGAGAUCCAGAUUAUUGAGCUACCCAGUAAGACUCCAGUCUGCACCCUGGUACCAGAUGCUAAACUGGGGAUGGUCAUGUGUAUCAAGCUGUGGCAGCCAGACUCGGGUCCCGGACCUCUCCUGUUGGCUGGGUACGAGGACGGUUCCCUGUUGCUUUGGGACGUAACCAAGAGGUCCAAGCUGAGCCAAACUAAAGCCCACCCUGAGCCAGUCAUGUGCCUGACCUUUGACACUGAGCGUCUGAGGGGCAUAUCAGGCUCCUCUGAGAAGAUACUCUGCUCCUGGAUACUGGACAGACAGAACAACCUGCAGCUCCAGGAUGGUGUGACGCUGGUCAACCCUGGGGUUUCCCAGCUGUGUAUCAGGGGGGACAGUAAGCUUCUGGCGUCAGCGGGCUGGGACCAUCGGGUGCGGGUUUUCGGGUGGAAGAAGCUGCGACCACUGGCAGUGCUGCAGUACCACACUGACAUGGUGCUAAGCGUAGCCUUCUCUGACCACCAGGACCCCAGACAAAGACUACUGGCUGCUGGAUCCAAGGACCAGCGGAUUAGCCUGUGGUCAAUAUACAAUGAGGGAGCGGACACUGGCUGAGCCUCUGAGCUCUGGGAGGAUAUACGGACUUUUAAUACUAAAUACUUAAAUAAAAAUACUUAUAAAUAGUAUAAAUACUUAAAUACUUUCUACUGAUGUUGAUUGUGUCAUUGUUACUAAUAAUUCCCCAAUAGUCCAGUGCAAUGUUUUUUUUACCGGACAAAUUGACUAUAUAUAAUUAUGUUUACUUGGCUGUUCAUUUUAAAUAAUGCUUGCUAACCAAGCUAGCUAGCUAGCACUAGUGUAAGCUGAUGACAUAGUGUAAUUUAAGCUCCUGAUACAUUCUGUGCAUGUGCAGGUUGCAAAAAACAAUAUGGCGAUGACCAAAGUGACAAACUUGAAGCUUCAGAACUGGAGUCAACAAACUAAUUGGUGAUGUCACUGUGACUACGUCCAUUAUUUUUAUACAGUCUAUGGUUGGUAACAAAUGGCUAAUUUGUUAUUUAUGAGCAUAAAGCAUAUCAUUACAUGUUUCCACUUUAUAUCCACAAUAUAACAGUUGUUCAAAAAAACAAAAAAAUGUUUUUUUCUAUUAAUGCAGUUGGGUUUUUUUUUUUUACACAGCAGUUUUCUUUGUGUGGAUAGAAAGUUUACCAAAUUUAUAUACUUUUGAUACCUUUGUGUAUCCAUGGAAGCUUAGACACAGUCAAGCUUAAAAUGUGUGGCCAGUUAAAAUAUCUGAUAUUCCAACUAGUUAAUUAGGCACUUGCCUGAGUUUUUCAGCCCAUUGUUUGCUGAAGCCUUUUGUGCUUCUCUGUGCAGCUAUGUGAUUGUGUUGACUUAUCCGAUAGGAGAUUUGCUCCAGUGGACGUGAAUUUGAGGUAUACAACACACCUGAGCAGCUAUGUAAUCUUGUGUUGUUAUUCUAGCACGUCCUGGCUUAACACACAGGCCCUCCAGCCUGACCUGAGUUGUAUUUGUCAAACAAGGUUAAUCACAUAAAGAACAGAGGGCUGUUGGUUUAGUGGGUACUGAUCUGCAGAUGCUCCUCUUGGUCCCUGUUAUUAUCCCUGUUAUUAUCUGUUUAUGACCUCUUUCUUAAUCAAAAAGAUCAGAAAAAACGGAAGAAAUUUGCAUCAAGUGCAAGAAUAUCAAAUUAACGAAUCUGCAGCAUUUGCAUUUUCUUGAGUUGUAAUGCCAAAUACAGAUGUCUUUAUAGGAUAUGGACGUAUGUCAUGAACAAGGCCAAGGAUCUUGUUGCGAAAGUCCCAGAGAAAAUAGAGAGGUGUUGUUUUUCCGUCCACUGUCUUUAAUAAUAUCUCUGUGAGUCAAUGAGCAGCAUGGGAGCUCAUGUGCAACAACACUGUGCCGAAAGGCCAGGGGCUUCAAACGAUUCACGUUCUGCUUCAUAAAGGCUUUUUCUCCUGGGAUGACCCCAGGUUGAGAAGCUCAUCGUGCUGUACAGGAAAGGCCUGAGAAAUCAAAGAGCCAGACCAGCGUAAUGGCCACGAAUCAUUAGUGAACAGAGGAAAGACAAGGUCAUUUGCUAGACAAGCUGGCUUGCCAUGACGCUUCUGUUAUUGAAAAACGUUUGAAACUGCAGUUUGGUUGGUUUUCCUGCUUGCAGUCAAACUUUUGGAUGUUUGUACUGGAAACUUGUUUAAAGCCCUUUGACAUCAUUUAAAAAAUAGUUUGAAUAAGAUUUUUCCCCAAGUGCCUGGUUUUAAUGACAUGUUUUGCUUGUUCCCUGCAGAGCUACGUCCAUACCUUUUGUGUCUGACCCCGCUCGUGACAACUUGCAUCCAUAACAGCUUCCUAACUCUCCUGUUGGCUUUGAACAAACACUAGAGGUGGCAUGGGCCAGCUUCCGUCCAUUCUCUGAUAAAUCAAAUGCUGCGUCCAUUGGUGCAGAUGUCUGCUGAAUGGAGCAGACGGCAACUCACCCCGGCCUUAGAAGUGCCUGUUGGGGUGGCGGUGGACCUCGUAAAUCACUUCAUAAUGGAUCAUUUAGGAAGUCAAUAAAUGGACAGGGAGACUGUGUGCACAAUAGGCCCUGUGCUUCACUUAUCACCUAACGUGUGUCUUCCUUGGCCUUGAAGGUCAGAGGUCAGCCCGGCUUUGGGAUAGGACAUAAUCUGUUAGUGUGAGUCUGAGCCUUUGGGUGUAUUCGUAGGACGUCACAGUGAGCCUGAUUAUUUAAAUUCAAUGAGUUGAAGAAAAUCCCCUCUAUGUAAUUCAAAGCAGCGUUCCGCCUCAUGGCUAAGUUGCUUUUAUUUAUUUUUUCAAGCGUGUCUUAAUACAAAUGUAUCUAGGCUCUUGCCCAGUGGUGGUGAUGUGUUUUGAUGUUCUGCAUAAAAUGUCCGUCAGCAACCUCAUGCACACCAUAAACCAUGGUACCUUUUGUAUUAGUUGAGAGGCGAUAGGGGGGAAAAUGUGAAGCACGUGUUCUGUUUUUUAGGUGGACGACUCCGAUUGGUUUACCUGGCUUGUUUUUAAUAACUGUCCCCUGAUACAGCAGGCAGGCGGGGCUCGGCGGCAGAAAUGUACACAGAGGUGAAGCGAACGAAUCAAGACCCUGAUAGGCCUGUCACAACAGAUGUUCCAGAUGCAGUUGAGUGUCAAAUGAUGCCUCAGGUCACAUUAUCAUCCAUCCUCUGCCUCUUCAUACUUCACUGGCAAGUCCUUGGCACUGUUUCUCCUGAAGCCUGAGACAUCUGGGCACAUGAACGUGAACUGGGCCUAAACAGGUUGCUCUUUUUCGUCUGUGUGAAAUGAAUGAUGCAUUGAAAUAAUGUGCUUGAAAAUGGCCUAGGCCUGUUGAAAGCAUACAGCAGCCUAUUAAUGUGCAUAUGUAGAAAUGUAAUAUGGAAAAUAUUUGACAACACAGGCAACAUACUGACAAUUAGUUGGUAUGGAGGUGCAGUUCAUUAUAAUUCCUCCAGUAGGCGCAAUUUCUCUGAUUGCCACUGUGAAAACUUUACUUAUUAAGUUUGGAAGGAUUGAAUGUAUCUGUAAUCUCAUCCUAAUAAACUAUACCUUUAAAAAAAUCUGAAUUAAUUUAAUGGAAGCUUCAUUAAGAUGAUUUCAUUAAGACUAAAAAUCCCCUGUGUUCCCUGUUUGUACAGACUCUUACAGACUGACGCGUACUGCACCAGGGGCAUUUAAUAAGUGCAACAUAUGCAGAACAGUUUUCAUUGCAAAAUUAAACAACUGCAAAUCAUAAGAGAAGGCUGUUUUUUUAUUGCAUUGGUUAUAUGUAUCAAGUAUAGGCUAU